UUAUAUACACAAUCGAGUUUCAGAAACGUGGAUUACCGCAUGCUCAUAUAUUGUUAUUCCUUUCGAAAGAGUGCAAGUUUCCCAACCCAUCGGACAUAGACAGAGUUAUAUCUGCAGAGAUAACAGAUGAAUCUUCUGAUCCUCAAUAUUACGAGGUCGUAAAGAAGCAUAUGAUCCAUGGGCCAUGUGGUUUGGCCAAAAAAGACUCGCCGUGUAUGGUGGAUGGAAAAUGCACCAAAAGAUUUCCUAAGAAGUUUGUUGACUCCACAACAGUUGACGAAGAGGGUUAUCCACGGUACAGACGUCGUGACAAUGGAAAUUCUAUAGAAAAGAAUGGUAUUGUCGUGCACAACGGUUUUGUCGUGCCUCAUAACCGGCGUCUUCUUAUGAAAUUUGGAGCGCAUAUUAAUGUUGAGUGGUGCAACCAGUCAGGAUCUAUAAAAUACCUAUUCAAAUAUGUUAACAAGGGUAAUGAUCAUGUGACUGCAUCAUUUUAUAAAACUUCUGCCGAAUCGGACGUCGAGAGACCAUUGGAUGAGAUAAAAAUGUAUUAUGAUUGUCGGUACAUUUCGUCGUGUGAGGCAGCAUGGAGGUUGUUCGGUAAUGAAUUGCAGUACAAAAAACCUCCCGUCCAGCGCCUGAAUUUCCACUUAUUUGGAGAACAAAACCUAUUCUUUGACGAUCAAGGAAAUCUUCUAAAUGUUCUCGGUAAACCCACUGUUGAUCAGAGCCAAUUUCUUGAGUGGUUUGAGGCAAAUAAAAAAUAUCCUGCGGCGAGAGAACUAACGUAUGAUGAGGCCCCGUCCAAGUUUGUCUGGAAUACAACAAUCUGGCAGUGGACUCCUCGAGCAAAUGAGGACCAACCCUCUGUAGGUCGUUUGCGGUAUGUACCGCCUGGGUUUGGAAAUAAUUAUUACUUGCGAUUGUUGCUUACUGUGGUGCGUGGGGCAACAUGUCAUGAGGACUAUAUGAAGGUCUAUGAGGUCCAAUAUGUAACGCAUCGUGAUGCUUGCUACGCCCAAGGUUUGUUAGAGGACGAUCGAGAGUAUGUAGAUGGCAUAACCGAGGCAAGUCAGUGGGCAUCUGCAGACUCCCUUAGACGCAUGUUCGCAUCAUUGUUGGUGUCCGGUUCAUUUGGCAGACCAGAUGACGUAUGGAAUAAGUGUUGGCAAUGUAUGUCUAACGUCAUACUGUACAGACAACGUCGAUUGUUUAAUAACCAAGGUAAUCAUACUUUUCAUAUAUCCAUAUCUAUAUUAUUAAUGAAUGAUUUUCAAG